CGUUUUCUUCGUCUUCUUAUUCUUCUCAUCGUUCUCUCCAGCGAAACCCUAAAUUAAAAAAAAAAAAAAAAUCGAACCCAAUAUCCUCCCUCGGUUUCUAUAUAUAUCGCCUAUCGGUGAAGCUUUGAUCUUUUUCCACAGAUCCCGACGACGACGAAUAAGAGCGAUUUUCUCCUUCUCGGUGUUCGUCUUUCAGCUUGAGCCAUUGAAGGGUGUAGUUUGGGAUUUAGUAUUCAGGGUUUAAAUUUCAACUACGUAGAGAAGGUUAUAAUUGCUUACCGUUGGACGUUUGGGGUCUCAUGAGAAUUGUCAGGGGAAUGCAGAGAUCCUUCGUUGGUGGCGAGGAGCUGAACACACUCUGCUGGAAGAAAUCCUUCUGCCAAGGAAUAGGGAUCACUGCCCCCAUGGCCAGGACACGUGACAAACAAAUGUCAGCUGCUGUCUUUUUAUGUCUCUAAGUUUUGUUCAUUUGGGGGAGUAGUAAAGACGGUCCCUGAGCUUGAAUACAUACUUCCAAGUAAUAAACUAUCACGAGAGACAUGACUCGGAUUUUGGUCCAGCGAGGAAGUGGUUCUUCUUCUUCUUCUUCUUCCAACCAGAGCAGAGCAGGGUCUUCAUCAGCUGCUCGUCCUGAAACUCAGGCUACUGCUACUACCAACCAAGUUCUUCCGGCUGCGAAGGAUGAAGAAAUAAGUGAUGAGGUGCAGGAACAGAUUGUUGUAGUUGAAAUCUUGGAGGAGCAAUGUGGAACAAGUGAAAAUAAAGCGGUGAAGAAUGAUGAUCUUCCAGAAUGCAAGCACGGUGAGAAAAAUAAAUGCCUGAGUGAUGAUGCUGGUGAUUGUGAGGGAGCACUCAGUGAUGAAAUUAUAGGGUCUGGAGAUACAAUAAAAGGUGAAGUGAUGGCAAUGGGAAAGUCUGAGGUAGAGGGUGAAAGUUCAAGUAGUGUUCUUUUCCCUGCCAGCACUGGAGGUAGUCAACCUCCACCUCCACCUGUCCCACCUCCCAGACUGUCAACAGCAAGCUCUAAUCCAAGGAGAUGCUUACUGGGAAGUCCUGAUGCUGUUCGCACUGGAUCAUCAAGAAGGGCACAUGCUUGGCCAGUUGUUUCUGCUAGGAGUUCACCCACUGGGUCUAGGCCGUCAUCUCCCAGAUCUCACGUCGAAAAUGAGGGGUAUAAUAGUGCUGAUGAGCAAAAUACAUGUUUGGCUUCCUCUUAUGGUGAUUUGGAAAGAGAGCGUCAAUUUGAGAUCGACAUCAGGCGAUCUAAAGGACUAGAAGUCAAAAGAAUGUUGGAGGAUGGAAAUUGUCUUUUUCGUGCUGUGGCUGAUCAAGUAUAUGGGGACUCCGAGGCGUAUGAUUUGGUUAGGCAAAUGUGCAUUGACUAUAUGGUAAGCGUAUCCUCCUUUUACUGACUUGUUUAUCAAAUGUAUUGUUUACGUUGAUGGUUUUAUGGAACAUGGUUAAUCACUAUUUCCUAGUCUCCUAGAUUGGUUUACUUUGUGGCAAUUAGUUGCAUCACACACGAAAAAGUUGAGACAAAUAAAUUCCACGUGUCAAAGCACCGCAACUUUUCAAGUUAUAAUCUUAUGAGGGGUUCUAUUUCAUGUAGGAGCGGGAGAGAGACCACUUUUCUCAAUUUAUUACAGAAGGGUUUUCCUCCUACUGUAAGAGGAAGAGAAGAGACAAGGUUUAUGGUAAUAACGUGGAGAUUCAAGCCAUGUCAGAAAUGUAUAAUCGUCCAAUCCAUAUUUAUUCUUAUAGCACAGAGCCUAUCAAUAUAUUUCAUGGCAACUACAAUACUGACACGCCACCUGUACGGCUGAGUUAUCAUCAUGGUAACCAUUAUAACUCUCUUGUCGACCCACGACGUUUGACUGUUGGUGCUGGACUUGGUUUUGGCUCUCUUCGAGGGAGAAAUGUGGACAAGGAUCAAGUCAAAGCUGCUAUCAAGGCUCAGCAGGACCAGCAGAUCGAUAAUGCACUUGUUGCUGAAGGACGGUUUUACUCUGAUCUCGAGCUUACCGAAAAGGAGAUGGAACGUAUGGUGAUGGACGCUUCUCGAGCCGAGUAUAUUGCUAAUGACAAGUGGAAACUGCAAGUCGGCCGUAAGGAAUCUUCUAGCUCGGGUGCUGAACCAUCAUCCUCUGGAGCUUGGUCGUCCGGGAGCGAGACAAAGGCUAAAGGGGCUCGAGAACCUGGUACCCAUGAUGGGGGGCUAAGCAGCAGCAUGCAAAUGGUGCUGUCGAUGGGGUUCAGCUAUCUACAGGCAAUCGAAGCUUACAGCAUAUUUGGGGAUGAUGUUGAUUCCAUGGUAUGUUACCUCUUGGAAACAGACAGCAGCAGCAGGCGCAAAGGCAAGGCUACUGAGUGACUGUCUUCCCCACUUCGCCCCUGCUGUUACUUACCAGUUACCACUGCUACUACUGCCACGCCCACGUAAUUUUAUAGAGCUGGGGGGAAGAAUUGGUCGCUAAUCUAUUGGAUGGUUGCUUGUUUUACCCCCGUUGUUUAGGAGAAGAGAAGAAACAAAGAGAUGCUUUGUCCAUUUUCUUUAGCCGAAGCUCGUCAGAAAUUGGAAGGAUGUUUGCCGAGAAUCUAAUCAAUAAAAUUUAUGCUUUA